AUGAAGACAAUAUUAUCUUAUAAUCAUUUGAAAUCCUUAGAGGAGAUUGAUUAAUUUAUACAAAACUCUUUUUAGUCAGAAUAAUGGAUUUCUCUGGAUUGCUGA